GUGGAUGUAUUGAUGUGUUUGAAUCAUAUAAACCAGUAGUCCAAUACGGUUGUGACAUUCUUGUAGAUGGACUUUUACUUAAGACGAAUAAUCAAGUGUUCCAUAUAAGUAUCACUUGAGAGAUUACUGAUUAGGCAUAUCUUCUAAGAAAGAGAUUCUGAUAUGGCAAAUACUAGCAGGGAACAUAGGUGGUCACUUAAAGGAAUGACUGCCCUUGUCACCGGGGGAACCAGAGGCAUUGGGUACGCCAUAGUGGAGGAACUAGCUGAAUUUGGUGCCCUGGUACACAUCUGUUCAAGAAACCAGACCGAGAUCAAUGAGAAGAUACAAGAGUGGGAAGGCAAGGGGUACAAAGUCAGUGGUUCUCAAUGUGACAUGACUUCAAGAGAACAAAGAGAGGAGCUGAUGAAGACUGUCUCUUCUCUUUUCGAUGGGAAGUUAAAUAUCCUGAUAAACAAUGCCGGAACAGUAAGAAUGAAAGGAGCCACGUCGUAUACAGCUGAGGAUUACUCGUAUUUGAUGGGAACAAACUUUGAGUCUCCUCACCAUUUGAGCCAGCUUGCACAUCCCCUCCUCAAAGCAUCUGGCUGUGGAAGCAUAGUUUUUAUUUCGUCCGUGGCAGGUGUUACGGCCUUACCUGCACUUUCAGUCUAUGCAGCAUCUAAAGCUGCUGUUAAUCAACUGACGAAGAACUUGGCUUGUGAAUGGGCGAAUGAUAACAUACGUGUCAACACGGUGGCACCAUGGGGAGUCAAAACUACCAUAAAUCCUGGGUUUGUUGAGGCAUCAGUUACCCGAGCAAUGAUGCUGGUAAUGAACAGAACUCCACUGAAGCCCAUUGGGGAACCGAAUGAGAUAUCUUCUCUAGCCGCAUUCCUUUGUCUUCCUGCUGCUUCAUUCAUCACUGGACAGAUCAUUGUUAUUGAUGGUGGAUACACAGCUGGUGGUUUCAAACUCGAACCAUAAUUUCUACAGCAUUGUCUGAACCAGUUUUAUACUCGGUGUUAUUGUGGAUAGCUGCUAAUUCUGCACCCUCAGAUCAUCAAUUUAAUAAUUUUGCUAUCUAUUUCUAUUUCUCAAA